AUGUCAUCUAUUGACGAAUUCGCUAUUCCUAAUACGAUACUUCGUCAUUUCGAUUUAUCGUCAACGCCAUGGAACGAACUUUCUUCACCUCAAAUAGAAAACAAAAGGAGGAACCUACCAGAUGGUAAAUUAUUCUUUGAUCGUUUAUUAGAAUUAGUUGGUCUUGACGGUCCGUCAUUGUAUCCACCUAAUACACCUGCUGCUCUGCGUAGACUACUUCAUUCGAUACAAUCAUUGGAAUUAGAUCGUCUGAAAAAAGAUUGCUUCCUAUAUUACUUGUUGAAAGAUUAUGAUGGCAUCUCAUCAGAAUCUCAACCAACGAUGGAAAUUGACGACGACGAUCAAGAGAAGAUGAAUCAGAGUAAAUCACCCAAUGGACAUGUAUCAACUAAAUCUGAUGGUUUCGCCAAGAAAAGGUGUAUGCCUUUGACUUGGAAAAGAUUUAUGGACGGUUAUUGGGCUUUAGAUCAUGGUUCAUAUGAGACUGCCAUAUCAUCACUUUCAGAUCCAUCAAUAACGAUAUUAAAUUUCGUUCCGUCAAUAAUUCAAACUCUUUCAACACACGUUUCACCUCCUUCUCAUUCUUUAUCAUUGAUACACCAUUUCCUCGUAUCUGCACAUCCUGAACUCACCACGCAAGAAGAAAGUGAUGUUCGAUUGAUAGCAUUAGCUUCAUCUGGAAAUUUAUCUCAAGCAUUCUCAUUAAUCAGAUCUAAUGAAUCGAUGGAAGAGAGGAAAAGAAAUAGAGAAAAUGUCUAUUGUUGGAUAUUAGGUUCACCCAGAAUAUCAUGCGGUUCAGGUUCAAAUACAUAUGGACAUGAUAUUCAAGUUAAAUCAUUAAAAGAAUUAUUACAUAUACCAUCAUCAACUGAAGAAGAUGAACAUUUAAUUGAUUUUCUAAUACAUCCACCUAUUGAUAUCAGAAAUAAUAUAUCUUCCACUGCGUUAUCAUUGUUACAUGAUCUAGUAACUCUGAGGUUGAUUCAUCAAGGCCAAUAUUCAGAAUCACUUUUAUUAGAUAAACAAUUAGUUGGAAGCGGUGGAAAUGUCGGUAAAGAAAAAGAUCGCCAAAGACGUAGAGAAAUGGUUAGAGAGUUUAUAUCAAUUUUACCUGAAGCUCAAAGAAGAGCUCUUCUAGCUGAUGUGGAAUCAAAACAAAUCAAUGGAUCGAAUGGACUGAAUGGAGAAGAUACUGAAAUGUCUUCAUCGAUAUCGGAUUCAUGGAUUAAAGUGAAUACGAAUGGACCUUCUUAUGCCGAAAUAGCUUCUGAACCCCCUUCAAUCCCAAUUCCUGCUGCUAUAAAUUCCCAUCCAUCCCCCGCUAUAAUCUCCGAUCCUUCUCCCGUUCCCACGCCUGUAUCUGCUCCUACACCGAUAAAACCAUCCACGACUCAUACAUCAUUAUUCAACGCUGCUCAGAAUUCUUCAUUGCAACCAUCACCCCAAAAACCCUCUUCACCAUUCUCGGGUCCACCUAGAUUCGCUCCUGGAUCAUCUACCACUGUGCCUUCUCCCCGAAGAGUGUUAUCAGGAAGUCCUUUCAACUUGCCUGCUUCUUCGUCAAAUUCAAAAGCUAGAGGUAGUCCUGCUCCGACCCUGAAAUUACCCAAGCAAAUCAUCAAUGACGAUGAGGAAGAGGAAGGAUCAGUUCUAGCAAGGCGAAAUACAGGCAGAGGGAGAGGAGCAGGAAAGGGAAAUGGUAGAUCAGGAAGAGGCGUCUCGAUGAGUGUCGAACCUGAUGCUGAUUCAGAAGAAAAUCAAGAUCAAGAAAUAGAAACGAUGGAAAUCGAUCAUCACACCCAUUCUAUAGAACCUAUUUCUGAAGAACCUUCUUCAUCAUCCAAUUCCAAAGAUGUCGAACCUCCCAAAUCCAUUCGGAAGUCCAGACGAGUUGUUUCUUCUUCUCAAAAGGAAAAACCAAAGGAAACCACACCUCCUCCUCCAUCGUCCUCUCGGAAUACAAGACAAUCAACCGCACCUACCACACCAGGGAUCAACGGUAUGCCAGGAUCGUUCCUGCCUUCAGACAAAGACAGUGAAGAGAUGCCACCUCCUCCUCCUCCACCAGCAACAGGCGGAAGAUCGACAAGAGCAUCAUCCAAUGCAUCUACAACAGGAUCAAAAGCUAGAUCAAGAAUGACUAGAUCCGCUUCUCGUGCAAUCUUAGAUGAAGAUGAUAAUAAUGAUGGUGAUGAAAAUUUAGCUACUCCAGGUCCACCGAAUAAGAAAACAAAAUCUACAAUCACGAGGAGAAAUAGAUCAAGUUUAGCUCCCAGUGAAUUCACAGAUGAUGGUAUAAAUACGAGCACGAAUACGAACAGUGUUAGAAGAUCCACGAGAAGUAGGACUGCUCAACCUUCAGAACAAGGUAGUCCGACUCCCAGUUUAGCAAGAAGUGAAAUCAGUACUUCUAGUAGAAGAGGGACUAGUAGAGCUGGAAGUUCGACUCCCAGAAUGACCACAAGGACAAGGAGAGGAUAG